UCAUUUUCCACGCAAGUCGCAGACCUUGGCAACGCUCAGCGCUCUCCCCUUCGCCGUUCGCAGUCAAUCACUGAUACGAAGCAACGAAUGCAAAGUGGUGCGCUGUACAAGCAUUGUUCAGUCGCGCUCGGUCGUUACAUCGAGUCGGGUGUGCAAUGGACGAAGUCGGUCGGCCAGGAUCGUCGUAUCCAUUGUUAAUUACGCAUCGCGUUCAGGUCCACGCAUGUGAGCAAUUGACUGUUGAAUCAUCGCCGAUCGAAGGGCGAGACGACGACUCCGCAGGAUAGGAAGACUCAGCUCUUGACGACGCUCGUCGCACGCUCGCCGUUCUUGAUUUUCUGACGGAUACAUCGGGAUUUGAUAGAAGAAUGCAGGCUCACAAGAGGAUGCAGCGCAUGGACUCCUCGACGGGGAACAUCCUCCGUAACCGUUCUUGGAGCCACGGCCUCGAUGACGAGGACAUGGUCACUAGUGAGAACGCAUUGCUGAACGAAGCCAACGAGCCAAGGCAAAAUCGUUCCGUUUCGACGGAAUGCAACUCUUGCCCGAUCGUGACGUUCGCUGAGGAGAAGAUGCGUCGCAAGCUGCGAUUCUUUUUCAUGAAUCCGAUCGAGAAGUGGCAGGCGAAGCGACGUUUCCCCUACAAAUUCAUUAUCCAGCUUGUCAAGAUCAUCCUUGUGACCAUGCAGCUCUGUUUGUUCGCGCACAAUAAUUACAUGCAUGUUAACUAUACGUGGGACAACCGAAUCACGUUCUCUCAUCUGUUUUUGAUGGGAUGGGACUCUGCUCAAGAGGUGCCCGCGUAUCCACCCGCGACAGGACCACUGGCCGUUUACAAACGCAGCGAUUUCUACGACGCCAUCGAUUACACUCUGCGCGGUUACUACAAUAUCGGCGACGCCAUCGGCUCAUACUCAUACAUCGCCGAGAAUAACUCGGUUGGACCCUUGACUCUGUGCCUCUAUCAAUACAAAGAAGGCAUCAUAUUCGGCUUUAACGAGAGCUACGUGUUCGACAACGAAAUCGUGGAAACGUGCGUGAACAUCACUCUGGAAACUUUCGACACAUUUAAUUCAUCGCACACUCUGCUGCAGGACAAAAACAUCAACGUCAAUUUUUCCGCGCUGGUACGCGCUCAGCUCAAGUUCAGCCUUAAGACGGUGAACUUGAAAGCAGCGGGGCCGAUGACGCCGCCCGAUUGUUACCGUUUCAAUGUCCACAUUGAUUUCGAUAAUCGCGACUUCGACGGACAAAUGUUACUCUCCUUGGACGCCGAGCCGAGGAAGUUGCAAUGCAAAGGUGACACCCGUUACAUCACGGACAAUCGCAUUGAGUCAGCGCUCAGGACUCUGCUGAAUCUGCUCGUCAUACUGAUCUGCUCGAUCUCCUUCCUCCUGUGCUCGCGAGCGAUUUACAGGGCGCAGUUGUUGAAAUUCGACACGAUAAACUUUUUCAAGAACACCUACGGGAAAAUGUUGAGUCUCGAGGGCCGGCUGGAGUUCCUGAACUGUUGGUACAUCAUGAUCAUCGUCAACGAUCUGCUGAUUAUCAUCGGUUCCAUCAUAAAGGAACGAAUCGAGCGCCAACAUUCCAGCAGCGACCAUUGGAGCGUAUGCAGCAUAUUUCUUGGUACCGGCAACCUGCUGAUGUGGUUCGGCGUGUUGCGUUACCUCGGUUUCUUCAAGACUUACAACGUCGUUAUUCUUACUCUAAAGAAAGCGGCGCCGAAAGUAGCGAGGUUUCUGAUAUGCGCGAUUCUCAUCUACGCCGGCUUCACCUUCUGCGGCUGGCUGGUGCUCGGACCGUACAAUAUGAAGUUUCGCUCCCUCGCCACCACGUCCGAAUGCCUGUUCGCGUUGAUCAACGGUGACGACAUGUUCGCCACGUUCUCCAUCACGUCUUCCAAAUCACCGGUGCUGUGGUGGUACUCUAGGAUCUAUUUAUACACGUUCAUCUCUCUUUACAUCUACGUCGUAUUAAGUUUAUUCAUUUCUGUGAUAAUGGACGCCUACGACACCAUCAAGGUCUAUUAUCGCGACGGUUUCCCGAAGAACGACCUGCAGACGUUCAUAGCACCGUGCACGGACGAGGCAUCGAGCGGUCUCUUCAUGGACGACCCCGAGAAGAGCAGCCUGACGACGGACCUGCUCGAUCGGCUCUGUUGUUGUCGGAAAAGGCCCUUUUACGAAUCUUUCUCGGAAUCCUCCACAGCAGAUUGUUCGACCAAGUGCGAGCAAGUCUCUGAAGGAGCGAUCUGCGUGUAGUGCGUUAAUCGAGACCACUUGGAAGUCUUACGGCGCGACUACAGAUACUCAAUACGAUAAUGGCUCGAUUGUGUCAACAUUAUUGGUCUAGAACGGUUAACAAGUCUCUUUUUACCCUGAGAUCAGGUGUAACAGAAGAGACUGAAUCGUGUCUUUACAACGUGAGUAAACGGCUACCAUAUGUUAUUUUAUAUAACUUGCGUAUAACAGUGCCGUUACGACCAAUAGCAGAUAAUAUAAUAAAUCGUCAUUUUAGCGAUAUUUGGCAUUUUGCUAAAAGAUCGACGAUUAGUUUCUUCCAACAGAAACUGAAAUAAUUUCUUUUGUUCCUAGAAAAUAUAGAAAUAAUUUUUUUGUCCCCGAUAUAGAUGCGAUUUUACAUCUCCGUUGAACGAAAGAGAUCACGGUUAGCCCUUGUCGAUGUUGAUAUAGCCAGAACAUAUGACCAACAGACUUGCCAUAGGUUACUGCCAUUUUGUUCUGUAAUAAUUUAGAAGAGCAUCUCUUUAUUCGUAACACGUCAACGUCUGUAAGUCUGUCUUGUAACUUUUAUAAUAUAAAAUAAUUGUUUUGACGUUACGUCGCACGUAAAAACUCUUCUGUGCAGUAUUUGAUUGAAAUGACUUUGUAUAUUGUUGAAUGCAAUAUCAGCGCAUGCAGCGCAAUAUUGUGCGUUUUUAUUGUACUUUAUAAGUUAACGCUGACACUGAGAAACUAUGGUGAAUUCGCAUAAGAGGACAUUUUGCUAUAUAUUGCUAUAAUAUGUGUACAAUUCCAAGAAAUAUUCGCGAAGAGAGCGAAUGAUAGGAACCAUUUCUAUGCAAGUUGCGGCUUAAUUGUUACACAAUUGAUGCAAUGUUGCGUACCAAAGUUACUGUGAAGAAGUACAGCAUGUCAAAGUACAUCAAAUCUGAUAAAGUUAUAGCAGCUCUACAUUUAGGUAGGCGACUAUAUGCGAAGUUAUUCAACGUAAAAUUAAUCUUGCAAUAGGAAAGAAACAUACAGGUUUAAAAAUACAAAACAACCCAGACCUUAAAUUGUAAAUUAGAUAGCCGAUUCAUAGCCAUAGUUCUGAUGCAUAUAUAUACUGUACUAAAAAUCUGUAUUAAUGUCAUGGUUACUGUGUUAAGUGGAUUCUAUUUGCGUUUGUAUGUAAAUUAUAUGAAUGUUCGCAUAGAAGACACGCUCGUACAACCGAGGUAACAAUAUCCAAAGAAAACUAUUUAUAUAUUUACAUUGAAAAAUACAACAAAUGUCUGAUUUUCCUAAGUCAUAUAUUUCUUGUUUCGAGAUAUUUAAUGAAUUGCGUUUGAACGAAUUAAAAAAUAUUUUUAUAUUA